GAUGAGGAGUAGAAGCUUUGCGUACCGGUACUAGGACCUCUCCUCUGCAUAUUAUUAUAUUUCUCGCUAGCUAGCUGUCGACACUUAAACUUGAGUUGACACCUGUUGUUCUAAUUAAAAGAUCUUCCCGCUCAAAAAGCAAAAAGUUGAAGAUCUACUAGGCGAGGCCAGUCACAGAUAUGCCAUACCCCAUUGUAAUAAUAGGCGUAGCUAGAUCUAGCAUCCAUGGUUAUAGGCUCCGCCCAACUGCCUAGUAGCUGGCUGGAUCUAGACUAGACUAUAGCUAUGCUACAUCAUGGAGAAGAGAUUUCACUGCUUCCAUUGCAACCUAAAAAUUGGGAAAACACUGUACUACCAACACAAGAAGAAAUACUACACUCCUUCUACAAACACAUGGCAGAAAGUGGCACAGGAUCAGGAGGCUGACACAGAUGAAUUUUAUUUCCCUAGUGAUGAAUCUGAAAACGAUGAAUAUCCUGAUGAUAAUUAUGAGCACAACGAUGUUGACUCAGCAGAUGAGCAGACUGAUUUGAGUGAUGAUAGCGAAAAUGAAAUAGAAAAUUCAGUAACUGAAGUAUGGUUCGAUACGGAUGAUGUUGAUGAUUCUGUGUCUCAGACUACUACCUUUGAAUCGCGAACGAAAAAAACGGUCCGCUUUUAUAUCAUGUUUUUACUAUUGUGGCAAUCGAUGUUCAAGCUGUCCGACUCAGGGAUGACUGUUUUGUUUUUGUAUUUGUCUAUGAUACUCUCUUUGGUUCUUGCCCCAGUAAACAUUGAAGGUAUUCAGGAAUUCAUUGAUAUGGUACCUAAGAGUACUUCAGCUGCUAAAAAGCUUAUUGGAGAAGUGGGCGAUCCGUUCCUGAAGAAUGUGAGCUGCCCUCAAUGUCACUCCUUGUAUUCGUUACACUUGUGCAAGAUUGUGAAUCCAGAUAAAAGUGUUUCAAGUCUACAUUGUUCACACGUUGCAUUUCCUAAUCAUCCGCAUAGUCGCCAAAGGCUACCUUGUAACGCUCAAUUAAUGAAGACCAUUAAAACAUCAAGUGGUUCCACGUCCCUAUAUCCUAGACAGAUGUUUUGUUACCAAAGUAUUAUAGAGGUGCUUAGAAGUAAGCUAAUGACACCUGGAUUCUUCGAGAAAACUGAGCUUUGGAGAAAGAGACGUGUCGAAACAUCAACAUUGCGUGAUGUAUAUGAUGGAAGAGUUUGGAACGAGUUUCUUUGCCCUGGUGGAAUACCUUUUUUGUCUGCACCAUACAAUUUUGCUCUAGCUCUAAAUGUUGAUUAGUUCCAGCCCUUCAAGUAUAGCAAUUACUCUCUCGGAGCUAUAUAUGUCGGAAUACAAAAUUUACCUCGACGUGAGAGGUACUUAAAUGAAAAUGUUAUACUUCUUGGAGUUAUGCCUGGACCACAUGAACCCAAAAAAGAUUGCAAUACCUAUCUUAAACCCUUUGCAAAUGAACUCCUGGAGCUUUGGAACGGAAUUGUUAUGAAAAAUUGUUCUGGUAUGAAUAUAUUUGUAAGAGCGGCUUUAAUCUGUGUAACAUGCCAGAAAGGUAUCAGGUUUUGUGGGACAUAAUGCUCUUCGUGCGUGCUCACGAUGCUUAAAAAUGUUUCCAACACAACACUUCGGAGAAAAGGCGGACUAUACAGGAACUGACCGUGAAACUUGGCCUUGUCGCUCUCUAGACACACACAAACAUUUUGCUACUAUCCACAGAGAAGCAAGAACAAAAGCAGAACAAAAAGCGAUCGAAAGGGAAUAUGGAUGUAGAUACUCAGUUCUGCUCGUAUUACCAUACUUUGACGUCAUCAAAUACACAGUAGUGGAUCCAAUGCACAAUUUAUUGCUUGGGACUGCCAAGCACAUGCUGAAUGUUUGGGUGUCAAAGGAACUAGUUAGCAAGGCACACUUUCUGAUCAUUCAACAGACUGUUGACUCAUUCACAGCACCUUCUGAUGUUGGGCGUAUACCCUCGAAAAUUGCAUCUGGCUUCUCUGGUUUUACUGCCGAACAGUGGCGUAAUUGGACAUUGAUUUAUUCUCUGUGUUCUCUCAAGGGAAUUCUUCCUCACAGGGAUUAUGAUUGCUGGUUAUUAUUUGUUAAGGCUGUUUCUAUUCUGUGCCAAAGACAAGUAACAAUUACAGAGGUUGAAAGAGGUGAUGCUCUACUAAUGGAUUUCUGUGAGGUAUUUGAAUCCCUUUAUGGCAAAGAACAGUACACCAUCAACCUGCACUUACAUGCUCAUCUGAAAGAGUGCAUUUUAGAUUUUGGUCCUGUUUACUCAUUUUGGCUUUUCAGCUACGAAAGGAUGAACGGAAUCUUAGGAUCAUUUCAUACAAAUAGUCACGAUAUAUCUUUACAGAUUAUGAGACGAUAUAUGUCUUGCCAGCGUGUUUCAGUUGCUCAUUGGCCACCAGACUUCAAGCGUCAAUUUGCUCCACUACUUGAUAGACAUUUCUUUGAAGAAGGAUCACUCAAAGCUCAUUCUUUAACACAGGCUCUAAAUGACUUUAGUACCAAUGACUUAAAUGUUAUUCCCCCAGUAUCAGAAAGUGCCUGGCAAUCGACGGACAAGGAAGAACUGGCAUCCCUUUUAACUUUGUUUAUUGGUCACGAGGAUUACACACUGCUUUUAUUAUACCAAAAAGCAUCUGCAGUAAUUGUUGGGGGGUUUGUGCUUGGAUCAGCUUUGAGUCGGCAUAUUACUAAGUCCCAUGUAAUGGCUAUUCAUCCUGACUUUCCUAAUGAGCUCUAUCUUGCGAGAAUAGAUAAUUUUUGUCGAGUCAAUGUUCACGAUAAUUUGAAUAAUAGUAGUCAAUCUCACUGGAUCGCACGAGUUACUUUUCAUGACCCUCAUGUAUGCAAAGUCUGGUUUGGUGGUCCAACACAAGUAUGGUGUAGGUCAUUAACAACAGGUGCAUACUAUAUCGAACUUUCUUCUAUAAAAACUAGAGUAGCUUACUGUGAACAUGAGGUUGAUUUUGGGAGUCGUAUUGGCAAACAAAUUGUUUUAGUUGUAUCAGUUUUGUCAGACUACAGUUCGUAGUUAAUUAUAAUCGUGCACACAACCAACACACAACCAACGCCAUCAUGAAGUUCAAUCCUCAUAUCCUCCACAAGCUGCUCGCGCUGGUUUUUAUCCAUGGUUAUAACAUUUUUUUCUGUAGAAGCAAACACCUCAGGCAG